AUGGGGGCACUAAGCAGUCGGAUGCUAUGGCUCAGGCGGGGCCAUGCUCCAGAGCAGCCAGGUGCCGGUGGGGAGGAGGAGGAAGUGGCAGCCAUGGCAGUAGUUGGUGAGGUGGAGGAGGAGAGUGAAGCGGGCGGCUCCAGCCCCAGUCAGGGUGGCGUCAAAAGGAAGGCAGACUCAGGAGAGCCUCACGAACAAGAGCCCCACCGGAAACACACCAAAGACAGUUCAGGUUCCGUUUACGAGGCACUCUUCUUAAGGGGUGAAGGCAGUGAUGUGCAGAUCCGCGCACUAGGGGAGGUGUGGAACUUGCACAGGGUCUACUUGUGCCAGUCAGGUUACUUCGCUAGCAUGUUCAGUGGUGCUUGGAGGGAAGCAACCAUGAAUACCAUAGAGUUGCAAAUGCCUGACGAGAACAUUGAUCGUGAGGCACUGCAUGAGGCUUUAGGCUCUUUGUACGAAGACUCCGUGCUCAUUCAACCCCGCCGAGUCGUCCCCAUCCUGGCCACGGCCAGCAUGCUGCAGCUCGACGAGCUGAUUCAACAGUGUGGGGAGAUCAUGGAGGAAACGGUUAGUGUCCAGACCGUAUGCAGCUACUACUACUCUGCUGGGAGCUACGGCCUCCCAAACAUCAGGACCAUGUGCUUUCAGUGGCUGCUGGACAACCUGAUGACUCACCAUAGUGAGGAACUAAUGCGAGAAAUCAACCUGGAUAUCAUGGAAGAGCUCAUUGUCUCUUCAGAGCUCUUAGUGAUGGAAGUGGAGAUGGAUGUGUACACAAUGCUGAAAAAGUGGAUGUACUUGCAGCUUCAGCCGACAUGGAGGGGCCCCCACAGAGCCUUAUUGUCCGACGCCAACUUGUGGUUUGCAAGGUCCAAGAGGGAGUUGGAUGGCACCCCUUUCUUGGAGACCCCGCAGGGCAGAGCCUUCGUGCCAGUGUUCCAGCAUCUGCGGCUGGCCUACAUAGUCUGUGACCUGCCAUCAGCACGCAUCAUUGACCAGGAUGCACUGAUCCCUGCCACGUGGCUGACCCCAGUGUACAAAGAGCAAUGGCUUGCCCUCCUCCGGGCUGAGCAAACCAGGGAGCUCGGGCCCAUUGCCGUCCACGUGUCCAACUUCCAGGGGAACACCAUGCGGUGCGGGCACCGGGUCCACAGGGAAGAGCCAUGCAGCUGGCGGUGGGCAGGCUUCAACUUUGGCUGGGACUUGGUAGUGUGCUACGCCAGCCGGCGUGUCACCUUCAGGCGCAGUGCACUGAACAAUUCCCACGGCCUCGGGGUCAGCUUACUCUGGCAGAGAAAGAUUGCGUUCCGCCUGUGCCUGGUUUCCCUGGACAGGGCUGGAAGAACCGUUUUCAGGAAGGACACAGAAUACCAGGUGCUUUCCCUGGGAAAAGAUGAAGAGCUAGAGGUAGCGAACCUGGGGAACCAAGAUGUGGUCUUCCCCAUAUAUGUGGCCUGUAACUUCCUGUACCUCCCCAGAGAGGGGUCCUCUCAAGAGUAA